UCAAAUUUUUGGUGUCUUUGUUAAGAAUGCUCACCGUACGCAACGUACCAUAUGAAUACUCGAACAGAUUACGCAUCUUUCUUAUCCGUACGCACCUCUAUGUGACUUCUUCAUUCAUGCGUUCAACUCACAUACACACAAACACAUGUACAUGUGUUGAAAUCACAUUCGGAUGGUAUUUAUGUAUGUGCUAACUCCGCUCAGACCAUUGCCGCCACUUACACCAACUUUCCGCAAAACCGUAUGUAUGUGUUUGCACAAACUGUGUUCGUAUCAACAAUAUCAACAACCCCAGUGCAUCUACGUUCAAUAGACCAAUUUCAGUUAGGCACAUACCGUCGAAUAGUUCGCUACAGACCGGACCUACGAUUUAUUUCCAUAUAUUCAAUUCCUGUUUCAAUUAAAAUUUCAAUCAAGUGAAUUAACAUGGCGUAUCCACAAAUCCCAACUGCAGUCAACGUUAUCACCGCUGUUCCCGCAGUCGGACCGGAGUCAUCGCGAGUCACUUGCCCAAGUUGUUACGCUAGUGUUCAGACCAAGGUGGAAAACGAAUCAACCACUCGUACACACAUCGUGGCUCUACUGCUCUGUGUAUUUCUGUGCUGGCCUUGCGUGUGCGUUCCCUACUGCAUGGAUUCAUGCAAGAAUCGUAAUCAUUAUUGUCCUAAUUGCAACGCAUACAUUGGAACGUACAAACAAUAAGCGGUAGUGGCGGCCAUUGCGGCGGUGGACAACAACACUUAACUGCAAAUUCAUUUCAUUCAUAUAUAAAAAUAAAUCGUUCAUCUUCACUUGCACUGGUUGUUUGAUAAAUUGUAAUAAACACAUUCAAACUUGAAAAACAA